AUGACAGAACAAUACAGUGUUACCAUAAUAUAUUUUUCAGAAUUGGGUGAGAAAGCCACAAAGAAAACUGAUAAACCCAGACUAGAAGAUAAAGAUGACUUAGAUGUAACUGAACUCACUAAUGAAGAUCUUCUGGAUCAGCUUGUGAAAUAUGGGGUGAAUCCUGGCCCCAUUGUGGGAACAACCAGGAAGCUAUAUGAGAAAAAGCUGUUGAAAUUGAGGGAACAAGGAACAGACUCAAGAUCUUCUACUCCUUUCCCAACAAUUUCUUCUUCAGCAGAAAAUACAAGACAGAAUGGAAGUAAUGAUUCUGACAGAUACAGUGACAACGAAGAAGGAAAGAAGAAAGAACACAAGAAAGUGAAGUCCACUAGGGAUUUUGUUCCUUUUUCUGAACUUCCAACUACUCCCUCUGGUGGAUUUUUUCAGGACUCUAAAAUAGAGCUCAAGCUUGAGAAGAGAGAACCACUAAAGGGCAGAGCAAAGACUCCAGUAACACUCAAGCAAAGAAGAGUUGAGCACAAUCAGAGCUAUUCUCAAGCUGGAAUAACUGAGACUGAAUGGACAAGUGGAUCUUCCAAAGGCGGACCUCUGCAGGCAUUAACUAGGGAAUCCACAAGAGGGUCGAGAAGAACUCCGAGGAAAAGGGUGGAUACUUCAGAACAUUUUCGUAUAGAUGGUGCAGUAAUUUCAGAGAGUACUCCCAUAGCUGAAACUAUAAUGGCUUCAAGCAACGAAACCUUAGUUGUCAAUAGGGUGACUGGAAAUUUCAAGCAUGCAGCUCCUAUUCUGCCAAUCACUGAAUUCUCAGACAUACCCAGAAGAACACCAAAGAAACCAUUGACAAGAGCUGAAGUGGGAGAAAAAACAGAGGAAAGAAGAAUAGAAAGGGAUAUUCUUAAGGAAAUGUUUCCCUUUGAAGCAUCUACACCAACAGGAAUUAGUGCUAGUUGUCGCAGACCAAUCAAAGGGGCUGCAGGGCGGCCAUUAGAAUUCAGUGAUUUCAGGAUGGAGGAAUCUUUUUCAUCGAAAUAUAUUCCUAAGUAUAUUCCUUUGGCAGAUGUCAAGCCAGAAAAGACAAAAAAGGGACACUCUAUUCCCAUGUGGAUAAAAAUUUUGCUGUUUGUUGUUGUGGCCAUUUUUUUGUUUUUGGUCUAUCAAGCUAUGGAAACCAACCAAGUAAAUCCAUUCUCUGGUUUUUAUCUUGGCAACUCUAAAAAUCUCAACUGAAUGAUAUCUCUUUGGCACACUCAACUUGGUCUCCUAUUUUUAAUAACUGUAUAAAAAAAAUUGUGUACACUUCUUGACGCAAGAGCUAAAUAUAAUGUGAUUCACCUCAAAUGUAGUAUUCCAUUGAAAAGUAAGCGAUAUAUAAAUGGACUUCAUUUAAAUGUUUUGGACUUUGGACUAGUAGGAGAUCACUUCGUGCCAUACAAAUAAUCUUUUUUAGCUCUGGAACUUUUUUGUAGACUUUAUUUUUUUAAUGUGGGCAUCUUAUUUCAUUUUUGAGAAAAAUGUAUAUUGUUUCUGUGUUUCAAGAAGGGCGAAAUGUAUAAUGUGAAGCUACACAUUUAAAUACUUGGAAUUCUUACAGAAAAGAUUUAAGAAUUAUUCUCUGCUGAAUAAAAACUUUAGAGAUAGGUGAAACAUGAAAUUUGGUAAGAGAAAAAGUAACUUGGAGUUGUACUUUUGUAACAGCAACGAAGUUUAAUGGUGUUUAUGGGGAAAAGUACGGCAAUAAUCUCUUCAGUAACUUUUAUUACUAGUAAUGCUAUUAGUGUAGCCCUGUUGUACUCACUUUUUAAAAAAUUUCUAGUAUCAUGAAUGUCCUACUUCAGUAAGACCCAUUUAAAUACAGUUGAAUUUUAGCAGUAAUCUUUUAGUGCUAAAGAUUCCUAUAUGUAUAUGUUUUAGAACCUGUAUUUUUUAUUUACAGCUAAAAAUAUUGUCAAUCCAGUUUGCUACCAAAUAUUUUUUAAUAAAUAAGUGUGUGUCUAUUUAGAAGUUAGAAACUUUACACACUGGUCUUUGUUUCCAUUUGAAUUCCUUAUUGCAUUGUCUUCUGUUACUAAAAACAAAUUUUGCCAAGUUUUUUUUGCCCUGUUUCCCAACAUAAUUUGAUUUUAAAAUGCAGAAAGUAUUAGCUUUUAAAUUACAUAAACUUUUCUUGGCUACACAGUAGUUACAUGAAUUUGUAAACUCUGAAUAUGAGGUGGGCAUUAUGAUUUUUGUGUACUCUUGAAGUGGUUAACUUUAUCUUGUGGUUGAUGUAUUUUUUUUUAGCUAAAACUUACCUCAUGAAUAACUUGGUUAAUUAAUUGAAAUUUCAACAGAAUCAAGUAAAACAAAAAUUUUAAACUUACUCAUUUGAGUUACUACUUUUACAGUCUUUGCCAUAAGCACACUAAAAAUGUAAGUUAUUUUUAAAUGCCAUCUGAAAUAAAAAGAUACUUUUGCAAAAGGGAAAAUGCUGAAGGUGUAUAUUUAGACCAGCAAACAAUUUUUAUUUGAAUUAGCCCUUUUCUGAUAUUUAGCUUUUAGAUAUUUUGUAGACAUUUUUCUCUUGGCAGUUUAUCAGAAAUGUUUAUAGGCCUGAGGGAGUAAAAAACAUAUAGGUCAGAAAUGCUUGCCUCUUUGAGUAAAAGUGUUUCUUUGAGAUGAGCCACACAGGGGGCACGUUUUACUCAACUUUCCUGCGUAAGGUAAUAGCAGUCUACUUUCACUUUCUUUGUUUUUAAACUUCGUUUCCCAUUUUGUUUUCGAUCUUUUGUUUAUAAUUAGAAAUUGUGAAAAGCUGCAUUUACUGUUUAAAAAUGUGGGAUGAUAAAUCAGACUUAAUAUGUAUGUAAGAUCAAUUUUCUAAUAGGAAAGGUGUGGUACAAAAUAGCAAAAGUAGGACCAGAUAAAAGUCUUCCUCCUCCCCGCGCCCCGCCCCCCCCGCCAUGUGUAUUUGGUCUUUUGUGUGUGUCUGUUUUACUCCACUAGAAUUAAUGUGUCCUUGAUGUAAACGCAAAGCAUUUCUUCCCGAUUAAACUGUAGAUGUAGACUUUACAAUAUAAUUCAACAAUAAAAAAGUUAACCUGUA